ACAGAGAGAGGUGAGCAUUGCGCUUGCCCAGCUACCGCGGCAAUCGAAAGUGACAACCCCCAACUGACUGUGUACGAUUAUCUGUGUUGUGAACUCUGGAACAGUGAUCGGUAGCUCGCUGUGUUAUCCUGAAACUGUUUCUUCCAUAUCUUGAAGUGCUGAAAACUCACCUGAAAAGGUUUUCAUCUCUCGGUUGUACCUUUAUGCCACCAAGAUAAAAUUGCCGCCGAUCGCCGCACUGUACUAUGAAGAGGACUAAUCUGUUAUUGGCGAUCGCGCUCCUAAUACGGGAUGCAUCAUGCGAACCUCCGGUGGACUCGGCGUCACUACCUCUAGAACACCGAGCGGGCGGCGCGUACGGCCCGCCCUUGGCGCCGGCGCACAGCGACGACCCCUGGCCACUGGCAACCCCGGAUAGUCCCAAAAUUAAACAUCUACAAGUACAAUGCGAGAAAACACACAUGAGGGUAAACAUCGAAUUCGACCGACCCUUCUACGGCAUGAUAUUUUCCAAGGGAUUCUACAGCGAUCCCGCUUGCAUGCAUUUAAAGCCGGGAACGGGCCAUUUGAGUGCCACCUUUGAAAUAUUCCUAAACAGAUGUGGUAUGUCUAGUUCUGCGAAUCACAAUGUCGCGACUUAUGGCAGCCCCACACCCAGCGGGUCAUAUGUCGAGAACACCAUUAUUGUCCAGUACGAUCCCUACGUCCAAGAAGUUUGGGAUCAGGCUAGAAAACUGCGCUGUACUUGGUAUGAUUUCUACGAAAAAGCGGUUACCUUUAGGCCUUUCCAAGUCGACAUGUUGCACGCUGUCACGGCAAAUUUUCUCGGAGACAAUUUACAGUGUUGGAUGCAAAUACAAGUGGGAAAGGGACCCUGGGCCUCGGAGGUAUCUGGUAUCGUCAAGAUCGGACAAACGAUGACCAUGGUACUUGCUAUAAAAGACGAUGAAAACAAAUUCGACAUGCUAGUCCGCAACUGUGUCGCCCAUGAUGGCAAACGUGCUCCCAUACAACUCGUCGAUCAGUAUGGAUGUGUGGUCCGACCAAAGAUUAUGAGCAAAUUCCAGAAAAUAAAGAACUUUGGACCAUCCGCCUCGGUCGUAUCCUUUGCAUACUUCCAAGCUUUCAAGUUCCCAGAUUCGAUGAACGUACAUUUCCAGUGUGUAAUCCAAGUCUGCAGAUACAAUUGUCCCGAACCCAAGUGCGGCCUGGGCGCCGACUAUGGAGUGCCACUGCUCGGUGGUAACGCUCUAAGCGCCGGGGAAUAUGGCUUACCUAAUGCACCUCACUCAGAAUAUGGACCCCCGCCAUCGGCUCCGCAUAGCGAUUACGGUGUGCCGCCCGCAGCUUUCCCCGAUCCGAGACAUCCGGCAGAUGCUACCGGCUCGUUCUCGGAAAAACGCGACGACGCUGUACCUGCUCCACAGGUUCAAGUAUCUUCAACGCCGAACGCUCCCAGUCCGUCGUCACCGGCUCCGUCCCGAGAGGACGACGAAGUCAAUCUACCUCCACCACCACCACCGGGCCGUCGCGGAGUAUACAACACCGUCAAGAGGAAAGAUGAGGGUCACGGCAAUCUUGCGACAUUAGGCGGCCGGCCUAGGUCUGUAGAAGAUUUGCCUGAGAGAUUAGUCGGAGUCAGGAGGAGACGUGAAACAUCCUCUCCUGUACGAAUCUACAAACGUGACGCUCAAGAGAUGACCGAUGUGAACACGAGUAGGAUAAUUCAAGUGGUAGCACCGGGAGACGUCAACUUCGCACUCAACAACGCCGCUUCCAAUGAAACGGUAGUUAUCCAAUCUCCCGCGACGGAUCCGGAAACGAUCUGUAUGUCUGUGCCGUCAUUUGUGGCGGGUCUGGUGAUGUUAUUAUUAGUUUUGGUGGUCGCUUCGCUGGUGGCGGCAUUCCUCUUCGUACGCGUGCGCGCGAUGGACAGGAAGGGCGCGCACGGCGCCCCCGCAUACUACGAAACAGAUUACGUGAAGCAUACGAAUUAGGGGAAUAAGGUGUGACGCGAGGACGUUCCAUAAACUCUUCUCGGAUCCAAAGAGCGUGCGGGCUUCGGCCCCGGCCGGGCGGCACCGUGCUGCCGCGGUCGCGAUCGAAUCGCGCCAGCGUGCGAGUUAUUUAUUUAGUUAUUUAAAGUGUGUGAUGUAUACGUUCGACUGCUUUUUUGUAAAUUAUUUUUAUUCGUGUGAAAAUCACUCCCUGUACGACCGUUAUAGUCGAUGCGUUUGUUGUAAUAUUGUAAAGAGUCGUAAGUAAGGAAAAAUAGUCCUUAAGCUAUGUACCAAUUAAAAGUGUCGUGUGCGAU